UGUUGCUGUUUGAGUUCUUAUUCUAAAUCAAAGGUUCUAGCAACCGCAUACAUUUUCAUGUUUUCUGUCUGUUUUUCAGGAACCUUGUGUCAUGAUUAUUGUAUUGAUACAGAUAAUCCGCUUGGUAAAGGUAGCUUUGGCGCUGUGUUUCCGGGGACCAGUAAAGCCGAUGGCAAACCGGUUGCUAUCAAGUUUGUGAAACGAAGGCAACCAAACCGUUACUUUAUCAUGCCUGGAUCUGGAAUGGUUCUCACAGAACUAGUAGUGUUGCACACAUUAAAGGAGGAUCCAAACCCUCAUGUGAUCAAACUUUAUGACAGCUAUGAGGAUCCGGAUUACUUCAUACUCGUCAUGGAGCGGCCUGAUCCUUGCAUGACCUUGAAUGAGUUUAUUAAACUUCAACGAGGUCUGCUGGAAUCAACAGCACGCACCCUAAUGCGUCAGGCAGUCAUGGCUGUAAAACAUUGCUUUAAGCAUGAGACUUUUCAUACUGACCUCCACGCUGGCAACUUCCUCGUGGAUAAAAACAACAUGCUGCUGAAGCUGAUCGACUUUGGGUGCUGUGACCGAUUAAGAGACACGGCCUAUGCAUAUGAAGAGUAUUUGGGGGCACCGGCUUAUCGGCCACCUGAGGUCCGCAACAGGGGCAGAUACCACGCCAUGUCAAGCAGUGUCUGGUCUCUGGGAACUCUGCUCUAUUAUAUGGUUAAUGGAAACUUGCCCUUUCCCAAAUAUGGGCCAGUAACUGAAGGCAUGAUAAACCACGAGAAUGACUAUUUAACAAAGCGUAAGUAAACGGCACAAACACAAUAGGUCAGUUAAGUCUCUGAUCAAAUGCACAGUAUCUGUGAAAGACAGUCAGUAAACAUUAUCCGAGCAUAUGCAGGACUCAGUGCAAG